UCCCCCUGCCAAGUCUGCUGUUUUUUUGGCCUUUCCAUCCCCUCUCUGGCUGCAUAACAGCAGACGCUUGGAAAAAAAAACACUGACAUUUCCUGUAUUUUAGUAAGUACUCAUGUGAGCAAAUCUACUGAGAGAACAAAGGCGCAGAACUUCUGAGGAGCAGAGGGGAGACAGACAAAACCUUUCCAUGUAAGGCGCUCCUUGAAUUUUUGGAUUACAUUUUUUGGAUUUGUCCAUCAUGGACCUUCUCUGUUAUGAGAAAAUGCUCUUGGAAAGAUUGUUACUGGGUGCAUUGUGCAUGAGCCUAAUCCCCAGCAUCCUGGCGCAAGAGGAGACAGCAGCAAAACCACUUGGACUGGGGAACAUUACAGAAUCGGUGGUUAUCAUUGAGAAACGAGGGGACACGCCAGAUGUCAUUAUAGAUACAUAUCUGCGAAAGAUCUUUUUCGGAAAUGAAGAGGUAACUGUUCCACCACCAGAUAGCCCUCAUAUACUGCCCAACACUGAUGCUCCCCAAAACCAUGAUGUUAAAAGAGUUUUUAUUUUACAAAAUGGAAAGCAUAUUGAGCAAGAUAUAGAGAAAGAAGAAGAAGCAGAAGAAGAAGAGGAUGAGAUAGGAGAAAAUGAAAAAGAAGAUGAUAAACUGGAAGACAGUGUCCCAACAAUUGCAUCUCAGCCAUCAACAACUGCUCAUCUGGAUGAUAAUUUUAAUUAUUUCAUGUCCCGACUAAGUGCCAUAGAGUCUGCAAUCCAUCGUCUUAAUGUCCAGUUCUUUGGCCUUAACGUCAAGGUGAACCAGAUGUCACAAAGCCUUUCAACUAUACGGACGAAACUGGUCGAUGUAGAAGACAACAUUGCAACUGUUUCUGAACUGAAUUUAAGGAACCAGAGACAAAUUGGACAGAUUGAAGGUUGUUUUAAAGGGAGGAGACUCUUAAGAAAGUGUUAUCUUAUUUUUCAACACUUUGAAAAUUAUGAAACAGCCCAAAAGCUUUGCCACAGUCGUGGGGGCAACCUGGCCAUGCCGAUCGAUGAGCAGGAGUAUGCCGCUCUGGCAAAAUAUAUCCACGAUUCAUUCUUUCCUUUCAACUGGCAUAUAUGGAUUGGAAUUAAUGAUCUGCACACAGAAGGAAUGUACCAAUAUGAAAAUGGCCAUCGCGUUUCAUUCUUCAACUGGUACAAAGAUCAGAUGAUCGUACAGCCCAACGGAAGGACCCUGGAGAACUGUGUUUCUGUCACAUCCAUUGACGGCAAGUGGUGGGAUCAUGACUGCUCUCGGAGAAUGUUCUAUGUCUGCGAGUAUUAAAUAGCAUAUGUACCCAUAAUUCUAAGUGUGGAGGGGGAUCACUUUAUUAAAACACAAUGGCAUAGUGACAUCUUUGUACGUCUUGAUAUAAGUUAGGGCCGCCAUACUGCUUCUUCUGACAAGACACAAUAUAAUAUCAUGUACAGUAUAUACUGUAGACUAAUGAAAAAGUGCACUAUGUGGCCAAAUAUGGUGAAAUGAGUAUGUGACUUUUCGACUUUCACAGCAUAAGACAAUAAGAGAGAAAGAUGGUGCUUUGCUCAAUAUGUUUAAUACAAAUGAUUAAUUAGUGUAAGUGCUAACUAACUGUAAUAAAUAUGAAGUCAUUUUUAAUUGCA